CAAAUUUCGGCGUCACGGCUGCGUCGCCGCGGAAAACGGAAAAUUCGACGUUGUUUGGCGGGAAAACAACCAACUGAAAACUGAGAACUGACAGCAACCGAAAAACGAUAAACUAUAACAAAAACAUAGCCAGAAAAAACUGCAGCUGAAACUAAACUUGAAAUAUCGGAAUAACGGCAAGAACGUGUGAUAAGAGCGGCAGCCGAGAGUAAAUUUUGUAAUUGUAGGCGCGUCAUUAAUCAAGCCGUUGAUGGCUUCGCUUAUCAUUACGGAUGCUGAUGAUGAUGAUGAUGAUGAUGAUGAUUCUGAUGGAUCCGAUGGAGAACUUUCCGCUGUGAAUAAAGCAAUCAGCGCACCGAUCUGGUGCGAUCCAUAAACACAUUGUUUCGCCAAACAGUCAGGGAGCGUGUGCCUCAGCCUCAUAAAAAUGUUUCCAUUCCCAUUCGGCGCCAAUUAUCGCACGGCAUGAUCACUGGAUCAUCUUUUCCGCCCCGGGGGUCACUGCCAGUGACCUGGGCCAGCGCACCUGUACGCAUAUAUUAUGCACAGAGAAAAAAAAACAACCACUACGUAAUACAUGGCACACUUCAGACUUGAGACAGUCGCAGGCAUUAGCAUGUGGCAGCCAUGAGGCGGCGGCACUGCACUUGCUGCCAGCUGUUACUAUGCCCGGCACCCACUUGUUGCAGUCACUCAUGAUGCAACAGCAACAACAGCUGCCGCACUGGCGAACAACAAAAGCAACAGUAACAAGAAUAACAUUACAACGAACUCGAGACAAGUCGGUGGGCAAAAAUCACCCAUACGCCAUGUGGGCGCGCGUCGAUCGGAGGAUGUUGCAUGAACAACCUGGCGCCACAGUGGCCCAUGGCCAAGGCCAAGGCUGAAGGCACUCAUACACAGACACACGCACACGCACACACACGCACACAUACGCACACGCAUCGGAGCAACAACAACAACGACAACAACAAGAACAAGAAAGCAAAUACUGGAAACAUCAACAAAAGUUGAAGAAUUCCACUGAACUCGAACGAAACGAAACAAAAACAACGCAAAAUGUCUGAGUCACGCCGACAAUCGGUGAGCUUGACGGCUAUGCCGCCGGGCGUCCUGGUCAACGAUAGCCGGGCCAAUUCCACCGAUGACAUCCAGAUCGCCUUGGCCCCGCACAUCCAGACCUAUCUAAGUCAGACAGGUCGGCGGCACUCCUGCUGCAGCGUCAUGCUGCCGGUGGCCUUUGAGCGGGCGGCGGCCAAGUCCUGGCUGGAUCCCAAGUUCGAUUCGCCGGUGCUGGAGGAGCAGUAUCAGGCCAGUGUCUUUCCGCAUGUUCGCAUGCGCUACAGGUUCACCCUCUCGUACAUCCUGCUCUGCUCGCUGAUGUGGUGCCUGUACUUUGUGGUGGACGGCGGAUCCGAGGACUUCUGGCGCCCCAUCUCGAGCAGCUUCUCGAUGCUCUCGCUGGUGACCAUCAUGGCGCUGUGUUUCACCCACUGGGAGCUAUAUCGUGACCACAGAACGGUGACAUCUGCCGUGACAGCGUUGCUCCUGUGCGGCGCCUCCCUGGCUUUUCUCACCUACACGGGCAGAGCCUUUAGUCCCCUGGGUCACUUUGCCAUCUGCCUGGAGAUUGUGCUUCUGAUCUACACGGCCCUGCCGAUGCCCCUUUGGCUGGGAGCCAGCAUAGCAAUCAGUUACUCCAUAGCCUUCGAGAUGGUCUCGCAUAUGGUCAUUGGAUGCAGUGGCAUCCAUGGGGGAGCAGGAGGAGCGGGAGCAGGAGAUCCCAGCAACAAGAUCCUGGUACUCCGGAUAAUGGCCCAUCUGAGCGUGCAUCUGGUGGGGGUCCAUGUCCUGAUCAUGAACUUGGUUCGCAUGCGCGGCACCUUCAUGAAGGUUGGCCAGAAUCUCCUAGUGCGCCGCCAGCUGGAAAUGGAGAAGCAACUAAAGGAGAAGAUGAUACAUUCGGUGAUGCCACCAAAAGUGGCCGAUAUGCUGCUCAACGAAGGUGGCACCGCUGGCCUGGAUGCGGGCGGAAUGCCGCCCGAGUCGCACUACAUGCGACCGCGGGCCUCCAACGAUGUCAAGUCCCUGUUCCGGCCCUUUCACAUGCACAGCAUGGAGAAUGUCAGCAUUCUCUUUGCGGACAUUGUGGGAUUCACGCGCAUGUCCUCAACCAAGACGGCCGAGCAGCUAGUGGAGAUCCUGAACGAUCUGUUCGAGCGCUUCGAUGAUCUCUGUACGCUGAGUGGUUGUGAGAAGAUCUCCACGCUGGGCGAUUGCUAUUACUGUGUUUCCGGCUGCCCAGAGCCCAGAGCGGAUCAUGCCAUCUGCUGCGUGGAGAUGGGAUUGGGGAUGAUCGAUGCCAUGCGUUGCUUUGAUGCUCAGCGGCAUGAGGGCGUUAAGAUGCGGGUGGGCGUACACACGGGGACAGUGCUCUGCGGGAUAGUGGGCACCCGGCGGGUCAAGUUUGAUGUUUGGAGCAAUGAUGUCAGUCUGGCCAACAAGAUGGAAUCAUCUGGGAGGCCGGAGCAAGUGCACAUCUCGCAGGAGACUUCCAGCUUCUUGGGCGAUGCCUACUACUUGGAGGAGGGCGAGGAGGUCUUUGGCCAUCGCACCUACUUUGUGGUGGGACGACGUCGCGACUUCUGCCGCACUAACAGCCUGAGUCCCAGCAUGCCAGCCAAUCCUGUGGGCAGCUCCCUGCUCCUGCCCGGCGGCCAUGUGGCCUCCUUGUCGCAAAGCGCCACCAAUGUAUCCGUGGUCCAGCCCAAUGUCCCACCCGCCUCGCCGGUGGGUCAGCUCUCCAGCUCGCUGAAUCCCUCGCCGGUACUCUCCAUGCGACCACGUCUCACCUCGCUAAGCAUGAAGCUGCGCAAGAAGUCGCAGAGUCGAGAUCGGGACAGGGACAGAGAUGUGGAGCGCGGCAUUAUCCAUCCGGCAGCGGCGGGGGUGCCCCCCGUAAUUGUAGUUCGUGAGCGACCCAAGAUUAUCAUAACAACCAAGUCGCUGCCGGGCAGCUUGGACUCGGAUGAGCAACCGCCAAGCAGUCCGCCGCCUCCACAACCUCCAAAGCCGCCGCCACCACCGCCGCCAAGCACCACCUCCGCCAAGAUCAAGCUAAAGGUGUGGAAGGUGACGCGUUUUCUCAAGCGAUUCGAGGAUCUGGCCAGCAGGAAUGGCAGUGUCAGCAGCUCCUCCUCAGCAGCAGCAGCUCAGCAGGAGAGGGAAAGGGAGAAAGAGAGAGAACGAGAGCGGGAGCGGGAGAAGGAGGAGCUGAAUCCACACCUGAAUCCCGAGGAAACCCUGGCCUUUAUGGACAGCCAGACGCAAAAUGGCUGCGGCUACCAGCAGCUGCCCGUUCUUGUGGAGCAGCGCACCCAAACCCUGGACAUUCCAACAGCUGCUGCCCGACCAGUGCUCCAUCAUGCCGCCACAUCGACGGCCCUGGCCAGCAGUGUGCUUCGCUCUCCAGAGGCGGGAGCAGGAACUGGCUGCUGCUCCCCCGGCCAGUAUUCCAUGUACGACGACAUCAUCGAUGUCCGCUCCUACAUCAGUCAGUCACGGAGCGACAUCUCGCCCUUUGGACGCUCGGGUAGCUAUAGAUCCCAGUGCGGCCGCCAGUCUACUGGAGGCAAUGGAGCUGCUUGUGGAGGAGCAGGAGCCCAGGCAGUACCAACUGUGGAGCAAUCUCCGUUGCCCAGGCCUAGGGCCUCAACAUUGGCCACCGGGCGACCACCGGGUAACAGCCUGGAACCGGGCAGCUCGUCUUGCUUGCCGGCUCCCAGUGGAUCAGGAGGAGGUUCGGGAUACCCGCCCACGCACUCCCGCCAGUCAAGCAUCUGUCCCUCGGCCACCUCACGCAAGGAUUCCGGGAUCAAGAGCAACUCGCGCCGCUCGUCCAUCCAGCAGCAGAUUUACGCGCUGAAUCAGUCGGCGAUAAGUCAGCACCGGGUCUCGGGCUACUUCACCAGCUCCACGUCAAGCAUCUCCAAUCUGGGCGAGGUGGGUCAGGGUUUGGGCAUGAACCUAGGCCUGGGCAUGGGCCUGGGUAUGGGUGGACUCCCAUUGGCUGUACAACCGCCACCGCCAGCUAUCCUAAUGCCCGCAUGCUCCUCCCAAAUGGCCGAUCCCCUGGCCGCCUGCCUGCAACAGUUGCGAAAGCAAUCCGAUCUCCAACUAAUCCGUUGCGUCCGGGACAAUGCUCGUUCACAGCGAAGCUACCUGGUGAAGCCACCGUUGCGCAGAUUUAGCCUCUACUUCAAGUCCCGCCAGCUGGAGCGAGAUUUCCGCUCCAAGGCCCAUCGCUUUGGGGCCGAAAAUGAGACGGAGGGACCGCCGACGCUGGCCACGCCGCGAUAUAACACCUACAUCGAUAUAUUCGUGGGCAUUGCUGUGUACCUGUGCAUCUCCGUCUCCCUGUUUCUGAUGACCCAGAACACAGUCAGUCCCAGCUUUCGGCUGUGGGUGACGCUCUUCUCCUGCUUCACGGGCAUCCAGGUGUUUGCUUUGUUUCUAUUCACCCGCCAGAUGUGUCGCCGGCAGAGCGGGAGCAGCAGCCAGAGCAGCCAUCGUUUGAGAUCCAAGUCUAGCAUCAGUGAGGAUAUAGAAAGGGAGCAGGAAAAAGAGAAGGAGAGGAGAUCGGAGAGGGAGAGAGACCGCCGCAGGGAGCCUUCGUCGAGCUCUGUAUCCUGUACAGAUCGCAUUUUCGAGGCCAUUUCCAGCUGGUAUCCCUGGCACAUCUGCCUGGCCGUGCUCAUGGCCAUGCCCGUGCUGCUGAUCAUUGCCAACUUCCUGCUGCUGGACCUGGAGCAGCUGGAGGCCUUCGAGUAUCACUAUGGAUUCCUGAUCUUUGUGUGCAUUGUGCAUUUCUGCAAUUUUACGCAGCUCAAUUGUUGGGUGCGCAAUGUCCUGGCCUUCCUGGCGGCCCUCUGCUUUAUCGGCAUAGCAGUGUCCCAGCUGAUGGUCUACAGCCAGAAUCGUGACGACCAGCAGGAGCAGCGGGAAAAGCAGCAAGAAGACUCCAGCUCAUCCUCCACCUCCAACUUUAGCGAGGAGAUCAAGUGGUUCCAGGACUACCAUGUGGAAAUCUACCUAGAUUUACUGCUCAUCCUGGUCCUGGUAUGGUUCCUUAAUCGGGAAUUUGAGAUCGGUUAUCGGUUGACCUUCUAUGGCAAUGCCGUGGCCAACCAGGACAAGGUCCGUGUCCAGAACAUGAAGAACCAGGCAGACAUGCUGCUCCACAACAUCAUACCCAAGCAUGUGGCCGAGCAUCUGAAGAACACCGCGAAAUACUCGGAGAAUCAUCACAACAUUGCCAUCAUAUUUGCCAGCAUUGUCAACUUCAAUGAGAUGUACGACGAGAGCUAUCUGGGGGGCAAGGAGUUCCUGCGCGUUCUCAACGAGCUGAUUGGUGACUUUGAUGAGCUGCUCUCCCGGCCGGAGUUCCGGGCCGUCGAGAAGAUCAAGACCAUUGGUUCCACCUUUAUGGCGGCCAGUGGAUUGGAUCCUUCGCAUCGAGGACUGGGGGAUGAGCAUAUACACACGCUGAUGGAGUUCUCCAUUGCCAUGCAGGAGGUGGUGGAUGCCUUUAACAAGGAUCUCCUCGAAUUUAAUCUUAUCUUGAGGAUUGGGAUGAAUGUGGGCGAUGUCACAGCUGGAGUGAUUGGUACCAGCAAGCUGUACUAUGACAUCUGGGGCGAUGCGGUGAAUGUGGCCUCCCGCAUGGACUCCACGGGCCUGCCCAAUCGGAUUCAAGUGGGCAAGGACUGUCUGCCUUUUCUCACCAGCAACUAUGAGUUUGAGCCGCGUGGGAGUGUCUAUGUGAAAGGCAAGGAUCACAUGGAGGUGUUUCUCUACACGGGCAGGAGGGAAAAGCCAUUGGAUGAGGCGGUGCAGAAUCAGGAGCAGGAACAAGAGCAACAGGAAGACGAACUCAAGCAGCAGGAGGAGGAGGAAGAGAAGCAGCCUCUGCAGGUGGAACUGCAACUAGUGGAGCAGGAGGACGACGAGGACGACGAGGAUGAGGAUGAUGAUGAUGAUGAUGAUGAUGAUCUGCACUCCAGCGAGACCACAACCCUGUUCAAGUCGCAGGAGUCGCUGCAGGCGAAUGGAGGCAACCAUAUGGCCCCCAAUGCCGUGACCACCACCAACUCCAUGCCAGUGGAGAUCUGAGAGAAGAGCCAAGCCAAGAAUGGUUUCAAAAUUGCAUUUAAAGACUCUAACAAGCAAAAGCCAACCAAAAGCAGGCGAAGAUUCGGAGCAGGUGGAACCAAGGGAAGAAGAGGAAGCGAAACGGAAAGAGGAGGGAGGAUACGCCAGGGGGGAUACGGUCAGGGGGAGACUCGAGGUUGAGCAUCAACCGUGUUUUUGUGAUAAUAAAUGAAUAUGAAUAGAUAGAAAUGAUAAACGAUAACCGAUAGUGGCGAUAAAUGAUAGAAACGAUUAACGAUAGUGACGAUAAAUGAUAGAAUCGGUUUAAAGUUGCUAGUGAUGGGUCGAUUAAUCGAUUGAUUGAUCGAUUGUUGUUAUUUGCGGUUGGUUAAGUACAGUGCAAAGAUAUAGAAAAACAGGAGAUCCUUUAGAAGAACAAGAUCAGUUCGAUAUUGAUUUCGAUAUAAUUUGUUAUCUUUUUUUAAUCUUAUCGAAACAGAUGUUGCCCUAUAUGCGCCUGUUUUACCUUCUGCCGCUGUUUUUAUUUCCUUUUUUUUAAUAGCUCUAACUAAACUAAAUUUUAAAUUAAAUUAAAUUAAAACUAAAUGCAAAUAAUACAAUUAAAACUAAACUAAUGCAAGUACGUGGCUUUAAGUGUAGCGAAUUAUAGAUGUGUAUGUUAAGGGGGAUUGUGUGGUGUGUAGUUUCAAUGUAACAAAAACAAUUUAAUAAGAAACCAGAGAUAACAGUUAAUUUUUUUUUUUUUUUUUAAGCCAACGAAUGGAUAUUACCUGUAUGUGUAUUUGCUGUUGUUCAUGUUGAUCAAGUAUGUGUGUGUUUAUGUAUAUAAAUGUAUGUAGCUAAAGUUAGACGAAUGUGUCGGCCAUAUAUGCAAAGCUUAGCAUUUUCCUAGAUUUUAAACCAGAGCUUGAAAUUGUUUAUAAUUUUUUGUUGAAUUUUUGAAAAGAGAAAAUAGAGAGAAAGUGAAAGUGAAAGAAAGAGAUUUAGAAACAUACCGAAUUACCCCAAAAAGUAUGCACCAAAUGCUUGCCAUACCCUUUCACCUCACACACACACACACACACACACACUGGAAAACGGUCAUAAUUUUAUAAGUCUUUUUGUAUAAUUUUUUGUACACACACACACACACACAACUUUUGUGCAAUAGAAUAUAAAUAACAAACUUAAGCAAAUCUCUAUUUCCGCUACAUAAAAAAAGAAAAACUAAACAGUGAAAAAAUAAAGAUAUAUGUAUAACACCCAUGCAUAUAUGGUAUAUAUAGUAUAUGCUGUAAACGUGUUACGUGUAUUUGCAACCUAUGGACCCUAUUGUAUUUUUAUAUAAACAAAAAUAUGUAUUUUCUACUAAUUUAUUGAACAACAAACAAAACGGAACACGAGAGACGUACUCUUAUUCUUGUCUUUUUGAAACAUCUAAAUGUACAUACUCUAUAUACGAUAUGUAUUCAUAUUUAUAAUUGUAUAUUUUUUAUAUAAAACAAGAAAGAAGGAAUGUGAGCACAAACAGAGCGAAUGAUAUAUGAUAUAUGCAUAUAUAUAUUUACGAAAAAGUCUAGAUCCUGUUUACGAUGUGUGUAGAAAUGUUUAAAUGUUGUUAACGCUGAGAUACAGCCCAGCCACCCAUGGUCAUUAUGUAAAUGGAUCGUGUCCUACGUGUGUUUUAGCAAAAGAUUUCAAAGAGUUUAUCGAAAUGUUAUAGGCAAACCUACUAAGCGAGAUGUGUAGAAAUCAAAUAAACAAAAGGCAGCAGUCUUAUAUUGUAUGUACUUAA